AUGCUUCGUUCCCGUCUACUCACGUUUCCCGCGUUUCGACGGCCGCUUCGCCCAACGCAGCAGAUACGAUGCUUCAGUGAUAGCCCCGCACAGGAUAAGUCAGCGCUCUAUUCGAAUUUCAAGUCUCACCGAGACCUCCCACGGAUAGAGCGACGCUGGCCAACGGUGUUGGGUGUCACCGCUAUCGUUGUAGCUGGCUGGGCCGCGUUUCUUACUUAUGUAACCAACGAAACCAAGUGCACUUCAUCCGUGGUCAAACAAAUCAUACGAACUUUGAAGGCCGAUUCACAAUUGCGUGAUUCUUUGGGCCUUGCCAUCCGACCCCAACCAGAAUGGUGGCUCAAUGGUUAUCCAAUAAUUCAUGGACAGAUUAACCAGUUGCAGGGGAACAUCGAUGUCAGUUUCCGGAUAAGGGGAUCUCUGGGUUCUGGUACUGUUUACUUCACGAGUGUUAGGAAGGCAAAGGGUAUACCGUAUGAACUUUUGCGAUUUAGAGUAAUAUUAGAUGAUGGCCAGGUUGUGGAGGUGCAGCCUGGUUCGGAGGCGGGCGAAGAAUGA